AUUGCAUUAAAGUGUUGCCACAGAGGCAAAGAGAUGUGUAGGAGAAAUGUUCUCACGGUGAGUUUCCUCCUUUGGAGCAGGACUCCAAGAAUGGCUUGGGUAAAAGCGGUAGUAUUUGAGCUAGUUAAACACUCUCCCAUUCCAUAGGGACUGAGCUGGGUUGUCUGGGCUCCCCACGUCCACCUGCACUUGGUUAGAGAGCAGAGUGUUCCAUGCCACACCGCAACAGCCCCACAAUGACAUAGCUCCAUUCAGAGACUGGCGUGACUGGGCUGGGUCCCCCACCCCCUUCAGCUCUUGUAUCACUCAGAAUCUGGCAGCCAGUUCCGUCCUGACAGAGUUUACAGCAUAUAUUGGUGGAUUCUUGUCCACAGUGCAUCUGCUUUAAGAAUUAGCGAGAGCAGUGUCAAGGCAGGAAGGAUUCAAAUCAUUUGCCAAACAUGAAUCUAGGUGUGUUUACUCUCCUCUUGGCAUUAAUUGGUGGUGCCCUUGGCCAAUACUACGAUUAUGAUUUCCCUCUGUCAAUUUAUGGGCAAUCAUCACCAAACUGUGCACCAGAAUGUAACUGCCCUCAAAGCUACCCAACUGCUAUGUACUGUGAUGAGUUGAAGUUGAAAAGUGUGCCAAUGGUGCCUCCUGGGAUCAAGUACCUUUACCUUAGGAAUAACCAGAUUGACCGUAUUGAUGAAAAGGCCUUUGAAAAUGUAACUGAUCUGCAGUGGCUCAUUCUAGAUCACAAUCUUCUGGAAAAUUCCAAGAUAAAAGGGAGAAUUUUCUCUAAAUUGAAACAACUGAAGAAGCUACAUAUAAACUACAACAACCUGACAGAGUCUGUGGGCCCACUUCCCAAAUCUCUAGAGGACCUGCAGCUCACUCAUAACAAGAUCACAAAGCUGGGCUCCUUUGAAGGAUUGGUCAACCUCACCUUCAUCCAUCUUCAACACAACCAACUGAAAGAAGAUACUGUCUCAGCUGCUUUCAGAGGUCUUAAAUCACUCGAGUAUCUUGACUUGAGCUUCAAUCAGAUGACCAAACUGCCUUCUGGUCUGCCAGGCUCCAUUCUAACGCUCUACCUAGACAACAAUAAGAUCAGCAACAUUCCUGAUGAGUAUUUCAAGCGUUUUAGUGGGCUGCAGUAUCUGCGUUUAUCUCACAAUGAACUGGCAGACGGUGGAAUCCCUGGAAAUUCUUUCAAUGUAUCAUCCCUGGUUGAACUGGAUCUCUCCUAUAACAAACUUAAAAAUAUACCAACUGUCAAUGAAAAUCUUGAAAACUACUACCUGGAGGUCAAUGAACUUGAAAAGUUUGAUGUAAAGAGCUUCUGUAAGAUCCUGGGGCCAUUAUCCUAUUCCAAGAUCAAGCAUCUGCGUUUGGAUGGCAACCGCCUCACCCAAACCAACCUACCACCUGACAUGUAUGAAUGUCUACGUGUAGCAAAUGAGAUCACUGUUAAUUAAUAUUUGCUAAUUCCAGUCAUAUUGCAGUGCCUCCUGGGGCAAAACCUUAUGGUUAUGUUUUGUGUGUGUGUGUCGGUUUUUACAGUAUCUAUUUUUUGUUGCUGUUUAUUACGUCCAUAAAUUUUACAUUCUGAGGGAAAAUGUUUUGUAAACAUUUACCAUAUUUUUAAAAAAGAAAAGAUGAAAGGCUGGCCUAUUUCAUCACAAGAUUAUACACAUACACACAAAAUUCAAUGCUUUGUUUGUAAAUGUAGUGUUUUCCAUAUCUCUACUGUAAAAUGAUGUGCAAAGCCUUUUAUUGAUUGCAUGGAAGUCAGCCAAGUCUUAAAAUUCUUAAAUCUUAACUUGAUUUGUCUAAAAGCAUGGACUACAUACAGAUGGAUGUUUACUGCCUUAAACCAAAUUAUCUUGAUAUAUUCAAAUUUGUUUAGUUGACAAAAAAUAAGUAUAUUUUGAGACCAAUAAUUCUGCAAAAUGCUAGAUAAAAUUUAUGAAGACACAUGCACUUAAGAAAGUAUUUUUAGUUAAGAAUUUGCACACUUACCUAGAGAAACUUUUCUUUUCUAAAAUUAUUUUUCACUCUAAGUCAUGUAUAUGUUUCUUUUGAUUACUUGCAUGUUAUGUUUGACAAGCUAACGGCAAAAUAAAACAUAGCAAAUGGCA